UUGUGCUGAGACUGGAAAGUAUCUUAUACGACACUCUUUAGAGAGAAGCCUUAUUGGGUGAUACCACCUACAAAAAGGAAUCAAUAUGUAGGGGAGAGUCCGGGAGAGUCUAGCAGGUGGGAGACAAUAGCCGCUGCUCAUAGAAUAUUUGUGGCACGAGAUGUUACGACAUUGCCACACUUCUCAGACGUCAUAGGCACCUCCCACCCCGCUCACGUAGCGCCGUUACAAUCGGCAGUUUGGUUUGGAAGUAAGAAGUGGCAACACGUUUUCGUACCUGGAAAGUGAGUUUAUUCAGUUUUCGACAUUUGAUCUCUGUUCUUUACUGUGGAUAGAUUCCAGCACGCCACUUAUAUACACCAGAAUGCCCUUCAACUAUAGAAAAAAACAAACAACUAGAAAGAGAAGCAAUUUAGAUCUGUCAGUAAUAAAAAAUGCUUUAGGUGACAUUGAUCAAGGAAAGUCUAUCCGAGGUGUUGCUUUGGAAUAUGGAAUUGACAGAAAUACCUUAAGAAAUUAUUUAAGAGACAGGUCUAAAUUGACUAAAAUAAGUGAACAAGGAAGCCAGUUUAAAACAUCUAUGAUAUUUACAAUCGAAGAAGAGAAGGCGCUUGUUGAAUAUCUUAUAGCUUGCAGCAAAAUGAAUUAUGGAUUAACCAGACAGGCGACUAUGCAGCUAGCAUAUGAAUAUGCAAAAAUGAAUUCCAAAAAGGUUCCAGAUUGUUGGACUUCCAACAACUGCGCAGGAAAAGAUUGGUUCCGGGGAUUUAUGACAAGAAACCCUGAACUAAGUUUGAGAACCCCAGAAGCCACCAGUUUAUCCAGAUCAACCAGCUUCAAUAGAAAAAACGUUACUGAUUUCUUCGAGAACCUCAAAGAAGUUAGAGAAAAAUACCAAUUUGAAGCACAUAACAUCUAUAACUGUGAUGAAACAGGGUGUACGACUGUACAAGAGUGUCCCAAAGUAAUAGCGAGCAAGCAUAUGCGUCAAGUAGGACAAGUUACUUCAGCUGAACCGUUUGCUUCGCUGUGAACGCUCUGGGAAAUGUUCUUCCUCCAUUUUUCAUUUUCCCUAGGGUUAGAUACAAC